UUCUCCUUCCAGGAAAAUGGCUGGGGGGCAUCCCUUGCUGAGAGACUGGUCAGAAAAUGCGAUGUUGUGAACCGUGGGCUCUCGGGGUACAACACCAGAUGGGCUAAACUGCUCCUUCCAAGACUGAUCAGUAAAAGUGCUGGUGCUGAGAGUACUGUUGCAGUUACUAUUUUCUUUGGAGCUAAUGACAGUGCUUUGAAAGAUCUGAACCCUAAGCAACACGUUCCUUUGGAGGAAUAUGCUGCGAACUUAAAGAGCAUGAUACAGUAUCUGAAGUCAGUAGACAUUACGGAAGAUAGGAUUAUUUUGAUAACACCACCGCCUCUUCAGGAAUCAGCUUGGGAAAAGGAAUGUCUUGCCAAAGGUAAAAGAAUG